AAAUCUCUCGUUUUUCUCUGAGUGUGAAUUAUGGCGACGACUAUCAUUGGCGCGAUACUAAGCCCCAUACUAGGAUGGAUUCCCACAUAUAUAAUCAAUCCUAUCGCAACUAAGUGUCAGGUCUGGCGGAACCUUAGCGAGAACAUCGAAGAGCUAGAAAACACAAGAAUGAAGCUAGAAGCCAGGAGAAGUGACAAAGCAAGUGAAGUAGAAAAAGAAAUGAACCAAGAAGGUGUAGUAAAAUCAGCAGAGGCAGAUCUCUGGUUCGGUCAAGUCGAUGAUGCUCUAUCCAACGCCAACAACCUACGAAUCGAAUACCAGCAGAGUCAGAUCUCUGGUACUUCAUGUCCUAACUGCUUCUGCCGGUCACGCUAUCAGCUGAGCAAAAGAGCUUUGAAGCUCAAGCAAGAUGUACAUGACAAGUUGUUUGGGGAAGAACCAAGAUCUGGUUGGACGGUGGCUCCACCACGGCAGAUAGGGAGGAGUAUGAACACCGUUUGUAUCGAGGGACAAACAACAACAGAGAAAUUGAAAGGUGAGAUCAUCGAUUCGGUGCUCGACGAUAGGUAUGUUGCUGUUGGGUUGUUUGGUAUGGGAGGUAUAGGCAAGACAACACUUCUACGACACGCCAAUGAGCACUUUAGGAUGACCCAACACUUCGAAUCCGUGAUUUUCACCACUGUGUCAUCCACACCCAAUUUCGUAGAAAUACGAAAGCAAAUUGCUGAAGGCUUCGGCUUGAGAAAUCGCCAAGAUGACGAUGAUCUGAAAGAACAACUGUCUCGCCUUUUCCAAACAAGAAAGUAUCUAUUGAUAUUAGACGACAUGUGGGAGCCUGUUAUUAAUCUUGGUGAAAUCUGCAAUAUUCCUGAACCUAAGAAGGAGAACGGCUGCAAAAUAUUAUUGGCAUCUCGAUCAAAAGAAGUGGUUACAAGGUUUGUGAUCCGCUUUGGAGCAAGAGAUUCUCUUCGAUCAAUUCGAGUGAACAAACUCCAACCAGAUGAAGCGUGGAAUCUUUUUGUUCAAAAAGUCGGUGAGGAUAUUACUUUGAAAUCAUCAAUAGUAUUCCUUGCGAAGGAUGUUCUGAAAAAGUGUGAUGGAUUGCCUCUGGCCAUCGUUGUUAUCGGUAGCACAAUGUCAACGAGGGAAACAGAGGGAGAAUGGAAAGAUGCUCUACGUGAAUUGGAGCAGUCAGCUUCAAAUCUCGAAGGUAUGAAAGAAGAAGUAUUUUCAAUACUGAUGUUUAGUUUUGAAAAAUUGAAACCAAUUGAACAAUCCCUCUUCUUGUUCUGCUGUCUAUUUCCUGAGGACCACAAUAUCGACAAAUAUGACUUAUUUGAGUUUGCCAUUGGUGAAGAAACUCUGUCUGGGAUGCAUCGGCUACAAGAUAUUAGAAAUAAAGUAGAUGUUUUGGUUGCAAAGCUUCAAAAUUCAUCCAUGCUUGAGGACAGUGACUACUUUGAUGCAUUUAAAAUGCACGAUAUGAUGCGUGAAUUGGCUGUGUGGAUCACAUCUACAUCGAACAAUAAGUACCCCUCCAAGUUCAUCACAAAGGCCGGUGUUGGAAUAACUGAGGCACCUGCUGAUGCCUCAGAAUGGUGCAAGGCCACUAAGAUUUCAUUGAUGAUGAAUUCUUCUAUAGAAUCUUUACCUCAAUUGCCAGAUCAAUGUCCACAAGUGCACACAUUGCUCCUUCAACAAACUUGUAUUAACGUCAUCCCCCAAGUGCACUUCUCGGAGCACAUGCCUGCACUUCAGAUACUAGAUUUGAGCUUUUGUAUUGAGCUAAAGAGUUUGCCGGCUUCAAUAUCCCAUCUAGUCAACCUUCGUUUGUUAAACUUAAGUGGGUGUUUUAACCUACAGGAUUUACCCCAUGGAAUUGGAAAGUUGGUUCAACUCAUAUCAUUAGACUUGGGUCAUUGCGAAAACUUAAGAAAACUACCAAUAGAGAUGAAAAAGUUGAACAAUUUAAGGCGACUACACAUCGGCAGCACCAAAAUUCUUAAGAGGAUACCACGUGGGGUAUUAUCUGGAUUGCGUAAGCUAGAGGAGCUAGACACUACCGGAAGCGGGUUAAAAUGGUUCGCCAGUGGUGUAGAGGAACUAUCUCAAUUGAUUAGCUUAUCUGAUAUUAGCGUCGAGAUAAGGAAAGCAAAUGUUUUCCAUUGGUUUAAGCCAUUCCUUAAAUCUAAACGCAUGCAUAGUCUAGAUUUGCGGAAUUGUACUAUUGAUCCUUCAAUUUUUCCGUAUCUUCUAGACAUUGAUAGAGUUGUGCAAUUCAAGUCAUGUGAGGGUUUGACACACAUUCCAACUCAUGGCUGUCAAUGUCUAAUUGUAGAAGCUUGUCCAGAUCUCGAGAUAUUAUUGAACGUACAGGAAGCCGAAGGGAAUGCUUUUGAAAGCUUACGUGGGUUGAGACUUGAUCAACUGGAUCAGUUGCAGGCAAUAUGUACUGGGGUUCCACAACCUGGAUGCUUUUCUAAUAUGACAAGUGUGGAAAUACAGGAAUGCCCCAAUCUAAAGGUGAUUUUCACUAAUGGUGUAACACGGUUGCUUAAAAAGUUGCGUUAUUUAUCUGUAUGUCGAUGUCCUCAAUUGGUGAAGAUAGUAGCAGAUGAGGAUUUGGAAAUCAAUGCAUUUCCAAGUUUGGAGGAAAUGCGACUAUGUGAGCUACCAGAAUUGAUAGACAUAUGCCAUCUCGAUUUGAACUGGCCAUCUCUCUCUGAAGCGUUUAUUUAUCUUUGUUCUAAGUUAAGGAGACCCCCGUUUGGAGCCAAACAUGCAGAUAUAUUAUUAAAUGAUGAAAUGGACAGCCAGAUGAUAAAGAGCUAUCUAUGGGUGAAAAAAUGGAAAGAAGAGGAAGAAAAAGAAGAGAAAAAAAAAGAAGAAGAAGAUGAUGAUGAUCAUGAAGAUGAAGAAAAGGAAAAAGAAGAAGAAGUAUUUUAAUCAUCUUUAGUGGUAAGACUUGGUAAAUCUGACUCUCCAUAUCACCCAAUGAUAUAGAUUUUUUUUUUUUAAUUUAUUUAUUUCUAAUGUAUAGUAUUCAUUCUAUCCCUUUUAUUCUACUUAUAAUAUACUGUUCUUUCUUUGUAAUUUGUGACCUGACUUUUUUACCCUUUGAUAGUGACAAUUGUUUUUGAGGAGGAGAAAUGUUAGGUAAUUUAGUAUGAACAUUUACAUUUGUCUAAAGCUUAGAUUCUAUAUGAAUUGACUAAGUUGUAGCCCAGUCUAUUUUUAAAUGGACGGUUGAUUACCCUUGCAAUGGUCAUUGGGUAUUUUCGUUUCCUAAGGAUUUGUUGGAUUAAGUUAUGCAGUUGCUGCCCCUUGGGGCUUCUUAAUGUUUUCAUAUCUGCAUGAAGAAGGACAAGACAUUAUGAUAGGGCAAGGAAUCGGCAUGUCUUGGUAUCUAUAUGCCUCACCAAUUGGUGACAACAACUCGUCAAAUAGAGGUGGGAAGAAUUAAGAAAAGACUGUUGGCCAUUGUAGGAUUCAGAAUCGUCCUAGGAGUUCAAUGCUUAAAUCCUUCUGAUUCAGUCCGAUAUUAAGAUCGAUCCAAAGUAGUGGAUGCACUCUUUCCUGAGCUUUAUACUGACUGAGGUGGCUUGUGUCAUAUAUAAAUAAGAUUUUCUUCCCUAGUUUCUACUGAGUUACAUAUUAUUUAUUCCUUUCAAACCAGAUAACUUAAAACUGUCACCAAUAGGUAACCUGUGGCUGCUGGUUUGUGAAAUAGAAUUUUGUUUUUCUUCUUUGUUAUUGAUACUGAUUGAUUCAUUUCUGUCUUAUGCAUCCUUUUUGUAAUUUGGCAAUUGUUGAGCAGGGUAAAGAUAAGAGGGAGGAGUCAUUCUAUAGGAUUGUGGUGAUGAGAAAGAUGAACAUUGAUAGGUAAUUAUAUUUGUCUCUUUUGCUUCAGCUAUUGCUAAAUUUGUGAAGCUUCAAAUAUCAUCCCUAAAUGUGUGAAGUUUCAGGUCCUGUUGUGAACUUUGAUUUCCUAAUAUGGGGGGAAAAAUUAUCAAAGAAGGAAGAGGCUGCUGUGAUUGUUGUGGGUUCUCUUGCACCUGCGGCCUUUGUGGUUGUUCUGUAGCUUCCAGAGGAUUAAAAUGUAUAUGAUAAGAAUUUUAUGCAACUGCUAUUGAUCUUUACUUAAUUCUAUGAACAUUCAAUUAGCUUUUGCGGUUUCUUAUUUUUAUUUGGUCAAUAGGAUGAUACGAGAAGUACAUUUAAUCGUGUCAUAUUUUCUCAA